AUGGCGGCCCGUGAAUUCAACCUGACUUUUGAAGUCGCUCCUCCUGCCGCCGUGCGCCCCGGACUCCCUUUUACCAUCCCCGUCAUCAUAGCCGUUCGGCCUAUCGGCACACCUGCACGAAAUGUACAGCACCUCGUCGUGAGCGCUAGUUUGCGCGAUGAAAAUAGUACAGCCCCUGCUGUUGGAUUGGGUGGCAGUUUAACGGCCAGCGUUCGCAGCCGCAGCGAUAAUGCAAUGAGCGGAUACGCUAAGUUCCCCUCUCUCACAGUUUCGCGACCAGGAAAGUAUCGUGUUCGCGUGAUGCUGAGUGCAGCUUCUGUCAAUGGGGUCGUCACCAAGGAGUUCGUCGAUUCGGGAGUCAUUAAUGUGCACGCUGCUGCUCCGGCGGCCCAAAGACCGACUCCCCUCCAAGCUGGAACCUUGCAGCGACUAACAGCUGAAAACCUGGAUAUCUCUACAGCGGAUAUCGCGAAGUGGCAAUCUGCGUGA